GCUGCUGCUGCUGCUGCUGUGCAGGUGGAGGGGACUGAGCAUCAUGUUGCAGCAGGACAAAGCGGAGCCGCUUCGAGGGGGCCGCAGCGGCGACAAGAGGCGACUUUAGUGCCAACAUUUCCGCAGCGGUGCACAAUGCAUUAGUCUCUGCUGAGGGAUCUCUCCUGGUUUUAUUGCUGGAGACAGGAUGAGGGUGCUGUUGGGAUAGACCUUGCUGUGCGCUGCACUGUGCUCUGCUCCUCCUGCACUGCUGCUCACCUUCCUCCCCUGCUCUAGAGGAUGCUGCCGGCUACAUGGCAGAGGUCUGCAUGGGGUCUGCACAGGUCGCCUUGUCUUAUGCUGGAGGUUCAGGCCCUUGACUGUGAGGAGCAAUGACUUCUAAGUACCAGUCUGACUGGAUUCCUUACAGCGUUCUGGAUGAUGAGAGCAGUAGUCUGCGCCAACAGAAACUCGACAGGCAGCGCGCUCUAUUAGAGCAGAAGCAGAAGAAGAAGCGUCAGGAGCCUCUCAUGGUCCAAUCGAACGUGGACGGCCGGACCCGGACUCGCAGGAUGAAACAGUCCGAGGAACAAGCUCCGCUGGUCGAGUCCUAUCACAACAGUAACAGCAGCACCAUCUAUCACGUGCAGGAGGCCGAGCAGGAGGACACGCAAGUGGCGGCCGAGGCUCAACCUCCAAAAUCUACUAAAAAGAACAAGGCGGCCAAUGCCGCUAGCUGCCCGUCAGGCAGCGCCAGGAAAGAGAAAAAAGGAAAGCAGAAAGGUAUCGAUGGCCCCGCAGCUGCUUUCCAGGACGAGGCUCCGGACACAGGGAGUCACGUACAGAUAUUGACAGUCGGUCAGUCCAACCAUGAUGAAGACGAGGGGGAAUCGACGGCCACCGGGCAACAGCAGAGCAAGCAGGACCUUAGGGUGACCAUGCAGAAGAAAGGAAUAUCCAGCAGCAUGAACUUUGAUGAAGAAGAGGAUGAGGAAGAUGAGGACAGCUCAAGUUCAUCCCAGCUCAACAGUAACACCCGUCCAGGCUCCGCCACCAGCAAGAAAUCUAAUAAGGAGACAGCGUCGGCGCCCAGCCCCUCCACCAAUGAGCCGCCCAUCGAUGUAGAAGACCUGGAGGAAUUCUCCAUUCGGCCGGCUCCACAGGGGGUUACUAUCAAGUGCAGGAUUACCAGAGACAAGAAGGGCAUGGACCGGGGCAUGUACCCCACCUAUUAUUUGCACCUGGAGCGGGAGGACGGUAAAAAGGUUUUUCUAUUGGCUGGAAGAAAGCGUAAGAAGAGCAAAACCUCGAAUUACCUCAUCUCCAUAGACCCGACCGACCUGUCCCGGGGAGGGGAAAGCUUCAUUGGCAAACUGCGGUCCAACCUGAUGGGAACGAAGUUCACGGUCUACGAUAGCGGGGUGAAUCCGGUGAAGACGUCCUCAACUCUGGAGGCCAGCAACUUACGGCAGGAACUCGCAGCCAUCUGCUAUGAAACCAAUGUCUUAGGCUUUAAGGGCCCUCGGAAGAUGAGCGUCAUCAUCCCCGGGAUGAACAUGGACCACGAACGAGUCUCCAUACGACCUCGCAAUGAGCACGAGACGCUCCUCUCCCGGUGGCAGAACAAGAACACGGAGAGCGUCAUCGAGCUGCACAACAAGACGCCCGUCUGGAACGACGACACCCAGUCCUACGUCCUAAACUUCCACGGCCGGGUGACACAGGCGUCUGUCAAGAAUUUCCAAAUUAUACAUGACAACGAUCCGGAUUACAUCGUCAUGCAGUUUGGCCGGGUUGCAGAAGACGUCUUCACCAUGGACUACAACUACCCGAUGUGCGCCCUCCAGGCCUUCGCCAUAGCGCUCUCCAGCUUUGAUAGUAAACUCGCCUGCGAGUAAUGGCAGCGCCCGCGGCAUGGAGGCCGCCCGCCCGUGUCUUACACUCCCUAUUGUAUGGGCUGGACAGAUCCGAGUUACGCUGUGUUUUAAUUUGUCAGAGGGACCUCGGCGUUGGCGCCGUUGCUACGUAAUUCAGAAGUCGCUCGCUGACGGAGAAAACGCGUCUCGUAAAACUUUCCGGAAACUGUAAUUUUAUUUUUGUAUUUGUUUUUAUUGAGGCCAGCAUUGGGUUGGGGGAGUGGGGGGGGUCGGGGUUAUAACCGCCCAUCCCCCCCAUGCUAGUCGCCCCGGUGGACUAAGCAGCGCUAAUGCCCCCGAUGAGCGCAGUCUGGUGGGCGCGCGGCCCGGGGAGACGUUUCUGCUUUGUAUUUUACUAACUGUCUAACACGAUGCAUCUGGUGGUGGCCGUUACUAACACGACGUCGCUGCACUGAUAUCCGUGGAAGCACAAAAAUGAAACCGCCAAAAAUGUAGUGAAAAUUGCUUUCUUGCCCAAUUUAAGCCAUUAUGACUUAUCUAAAAACUGUCAUUUAAAGGACCGGCGUCCAGUCUUCUGUAAGUAAAGUGUAAUCACUGUGUAAUAGGAAGUUUUCGCUUUCUCACAAUUUUCCACAUCUCUGCUUGCUUGAAGUGAAUGGAAUCAUUAUUUCCAUUAAUUUGCUGAAACUUCACCAUGACCUAGUCCUGCUCACACCGCUUGUAGGGCACAGUCCAGACAGUGUACGCUCCAGCUUUUACCUGCACUGAUACAAUGUAACAGAACUUCAGGACAGGAGAUUGUCUGCAGUGAUACAGUGUAACAGAACUUCAGGACAGGAGAUUGUCUGCAGUGAUACAGUGUAACAAUCCCUAGAGCCAGGGUGGGUUUUCAGCCUCUGAAUAACAACACAUUCUCAUUUACUGACAGCAAGCAGUGGUCUUGAAAAUGGGGCAGAACUGAAGCACAAAGCUUCACAGAUCAUUGCACCUAGAAGGAAACAGAGCGCCCAGAUGAAUGAAGGCCCCAGGGUCCCGGUGGGUGAAGACUGGGGCUGUGACCCGGCUCCUGGUCAUGGUCGCACAGUGACAACUUUUUGGAUUAUUUUUGAUCCAUUAUUUUAUCCAUUCUCCUUCAGGAUCCCUGAAAUCUCCUGCUCACGACUCUUUAGUGACCUCUGCAGGCCAAUUCUAGAAUCACAGGCGUCUCCACCUUUACAACUUGCGCCAUCUGGAGGCCGAUUCUAGAAUCACAGCCUUUACUCCUUGCGCCAUCUGCAGGCCAAUUCUAGAAUCACAGGCGUCUCCGCCUUUACUCCUUGCGCCAUCUGGAGGCCAGUUCUAGAAUCACAGGGUUGGACCUCAGGACGCAGGGGUCACUGAUGAGUUUUGAGGAGCAGAAUUCAGGCCGAUCGCCCCAUAGAUUUCACUUCAUUGGAAAUGUUUUGCAGCUUUUUGGGAGGAGCCACGCUCAGAGCCCGCCCCCGCGUUGCACCUUUCUUCUAUUUUCCGUGUUUCUAUCACUGAGCUGCCGUCGCCGCUGAUAACCUCGUGAUGAUGAUAACGUUCUGUAUUCAAAUUUUUGUUGUUAACGCCUCAGUGACCGCGGGGCCUCAAUGGACUCAUCCUCGCCUUUAAUUUACGCAAACAUUUUUCAGCAUCUGUAGAAAAGGUGAUGACUAUUUUGGAAAUGUAUUAUAUAUUAAAGAAAAUGAUAUCGUCCUGCUCCUCUGGCUGUAUUAUCUAUACUCAGAUGUACCCCCCCCACAGGGCACGCAACCCCAAAAGGUCGACCUCGAGGGGCACCUGGAAUUCUGCGGCAAAGAAAAUGGCGUCAACAAAAACGGGUUUAUGUAUAUGAUGUGCAGAGAGACGGAAAAUGAAUUAUAUCAACCAUCGUGUGGAAAAUACAAGAAAAGUG